AUGAUGAUGUAUGAUAGCUUGCUGGCGAGAAGCUUCACCAAACACGAGCAGAAGAAGUUGGGAAGAGGGGCACUGAUCAUUUGCUUCCUCAUUUUCCUAAGCUUCUGCACCAUUUUCAAGCCUCAGAAAUGGGGUCCCCUGCCUUCCCCUUUGGAUCUAAGGUGGUCUCCUGGAGUGUUUCAGAAGUUGUACAUGGUCAAUGAUACAGCCAGCUCCCUGCUCCAUAUGGACAAGAAGAGGAGUAAGUAUGGCUGCCCUCAAGCUAAUACUCUGUUCAAGACUUUCCAUGUACAUAACCAACUCAAAUCGUCCAUGGAUGAUAACUUCUACAGACGUGGAAAUCACCCCCAACAACAUUCCUGCCAAGGAGAAUCAUACAAGCGGCUCAAUGCAGCACACACCAAAUCUUUGUUCCAUGAAUAUGCAGCAGCUUCUGUUAAACAGAGCACAAGGACGACGACGACGACGAAUGACGCAAGUACAACGAACCAUAGAGAAAUGCACACCACCAACAAUAAUGAUGCUGGGCUGGAAAAACAGAGCAAAAAACAGAGCCCAAUCCCUGUUACGUGCAGUAAGGGUGAAAGAUCGGAUUUCUGCGACUUGAACGGUGACGUCAGGGUUGAUCCCGGUUCAGCAACGGUUUACUAUGUCGGCGCGGGAGACCAAAACAGGACUGCUUCGACAAUGUCGAUAAAGCCCUACGGGAGAAAGGGCGACGAGGUCGCCAUGGGUUUGGUGAGAGAAUGGUCGCUGAAAAUGGUGGCUCGAGACGACAGGGACUUGCCGGCUUGUUCUCAGAUUCACGAAUCUCCGGGGGUUGUUUUCUCUCUCGGAGGGUUCGCCGGCAACCAUUUCCACGCCUUCACCGAUGUUCUCGUCCCGCUGUUCGCCACCGCAAGGCGGUUCGACGGAGAAGUGGAGCUGCUCAUAACCGACCAUCAACCGUGGUUGGUCGCCAAGUUCGGAACUAUACUCCGGGCACUGUCUAGGUACAAUUCGAUGGAUCUGGACAAGGAACAACAAAGCAAGAAAACUCAUUGUUUCUCAAGGCUAAUACUAGGCCUAAAGGGGAGGCACAAAAAAGAACUCAACAUCAACCCAUCAGAAUCCGAAUACACGAUGGUAGACUUUAAACAAUUCCUAAGGAAUGCCUAUUCGUUAGAGAAGGCGACCGCAAUCAAUCUACAAUUCAAAGACAAGAAAUCGAGGCCACAACUUCUUAUCAUAUCGCGUAAGAGAACUCGAGCAUUCACAAAUGUCAAUGAUGUUGCGAGGAUGGCAAGAACACUCGGGUACCAAGUAACAGUUGCAGAGCCGGAUAGAAACAUCUCAAAGUCGGCAGAGAUUAUGAACUCUUGUGAUGUGGUGAUGGGAGUCCACGGAGCAGGGUUGACCAAUAUGGUUUUUGUUCCGGAUAAUGCAAUUUUGGUUCAGGUUGUUCCGCUGGGAGCGGACUGGAUUUCGAAAACUUAUUUUCGGGAGCCGUCGGAGAACAUGAAAGUGAGGUAUUUGGAGUAUAAAAUCAAAAGAGAAGAGAGCAGUUUGACAGAACACUAUCCACCUGACGACGUCGUUUUCACCAAGCCGUGGUCCUUUGCAAAAGAAAAUUGGGAUCUAUUCAAAUCUAUUUACUUAGACAAUCAAAAUGUAAAGCUUGAUGUGAAAAGGUUUAGACCCACGUUGUUGAAAGCUUUAGAGCUUUUGCAUCAGUAGCCUAUUUUAUGUUGUUU